UAAUUAAAAGGUUCGCUGGGUUUUAGGGAUGGUGAAUCGUCACAGCUUUAUAUCUGUUCUUGUGUCAAUCUUUAUUGUGCCUCCACUUUAUUAGCAUUAUCACUCACUAUGAGUUGUCAGAAAUCCGUUGCUGAUGGAUAGUGUGUGUACCAAUAACGGCCAAACUAAGCCAUCCAUCCAGCCGUCUGUCCAACCAACCAACCAAUUUCCUUUUCUUUCUUUCGAUGCAAUUUAAAUUCCACCAGAUUGAAGAGAAAUGCGGACAAACUUCUCUUUCUCAGGGUGUGGCUUCCUGGGAAUUUACCAUGUUGGAGUUGCCACUUGCAUCAAAGAACAUGCGCCGGAAAUGUUUGAAGACUGCAGAAUUGCAGGAGCAAGUGCUGGGUGCUUUAUGGCUUGCUGUCUCCUUUCAGGAUGUUCCUUGGGUAAAUGUACCAGCUACACACUCAACCUAGCCAAUGAAGCAAAUACACUACCACUCCUUGGACCCCUACAUCCUCGCUUCAACAUUAUUGACUCCCUCAGGAAAGCCCUUGCUGAAGUUUUACCAGCUGAUGCCCACAAAAGAACUAGUGGACGUCUUUAUAUCUCUCUGACACGAUGGAGAGAUUGGAAAAAUGUGGUUAUUUCAGAAUAUGCUUCAAAUCAAGAACUAAUUGAUGCAAUGAUUUGCAGUGCAUUUGUUCCUUUAUAUUGUGGCCUAAUACCACCAAAGUACAAAGGAGAUUACUACUGGGAUGGAGGUCUGUCCGACAACCAACCUAUCUUUGAUGAACCCACAAUCACGGUGUCACCAUUCUCUGGAGAAAUUGAUAUCUGCCCACUUGACAAUUCUGCAAACUUCAUCCAUCUGAAUGUAUGCAACAGCAGCGUACAGUUCACAUCGGAGAAUCUCUCACGUAUAUCCAUAGCACUGUUCCCACCUAAUGCUCAGAAACUCAGUGAUAUCUGCAAACAAGGUUAUGAUGAUGCACUCCGUUAUUUACAGAACAACGGUCUAAUUAACUGUACGCGUCAUCUACGGAUUACUACAACUAUUGAGCCGCCUAGUCGAGAUGGUCGUGUAAUGUCAGUGUCAGAGAGGGACUGGGCGAAUAUCGAGAAAGAAAUAAAACAUGGUAUCACAGAGGGGUGCAGCGACUGUGGAGAAUGUAAGAGCAAAGUCAAAGAAGCCCUCUCUACAAGUUUACCACCUCAAGUCCUUGAAGUGCUGCAAUCAGCUAUGAUAUAUAAUAAAAAAAGCUUUGUAAAAUAUUUACGCCAAGGAAAAAUCCACAAAGCCAUUUCUAUGAUGAUAAAGCCAUGGCUUAUCCCUGCUGAUAUUUUAUUUUCAUUCCUUAUUAGGUGCCUAAAGUGCAUACCACAGGUUCACCAGGACUUUGACAAAAUUAUUGAAGAAUUGCCUCAUUUCAUCAACAACCUUUUCCAUAAACAUCACAAGUACGAAACAAAGCUGGAAUAUCAUUGUGCCUUUACCGAGGACAACUUCCAGAUGAACCAAACCAAUAUAGAAUUGCCAUCUUCUGCUAUUGAUAUUAAUCUGGUAAUGAACUGCGAAGGUUUUCCCAAAGAAGAAACCUUCCAAACUUCUACAGAGUUGUCUGGCGGCACCUACGACACUGCAACAGUUUACAGGGAACAGACAUCCAAAGACCCAGUAUCAGCACUGAACAGCAUGAGAAAUUGUAACCAAAUACAGGAUGGCGUUAGUGAUGCUGUGUUGGACCAAUUCAAACUCUGGCUGGAAGCAGCCAACAAUAACGAUGCUACUAUAGCUUAUUAUUACCUUGAUACGGAAUCAAACACGAUGAAGGUGGAACAAAUCUUCAAUAUACCUGAAGAUUCUAGAAGUCUUGAGCAAAUGCCAGAAUGCCAUGUAACUAUGACCGAUGAAUAUGUACGAAGGAGGAAGUCAGCAGUACCUUAUUUGCAGAACUUUAGGGCACAAAGAUUGCAAAUUCCUGGUGUUUCAGGAAGUUACCAAGUGAACAAUGGUUCUGCAAAUAGACCUGCAUUGCAAAGACUUAAACGGAGAACCUCAUUGGAUUCAGGUAUCAUAACGAGAAAAUAUGCUUCCUUUAAUGACCAGUCAAACAGGCGAUAUCAAAGGCUACAACAUCAACAACAGCAAUAUCAACAAAGAGAAGACAUAGGAAGAGCAGAGGAACAACUACAGCAUCGGAGGCAAUGUGAGCAACUUGAGAAUCUAGGAGAAGAUGGAGCUACAGAUAAUUAUAAUUAUGAUUUCAAAGAAAUAGAAGAUAUAGAUUUGUAUAACACCAGUAUUAUCCAAGCCUCAUCACAGGACUGUAGUAUUACAAAUUCGAACUGUUCUAGUGAUACUCCUAAAAGGAAUAGCUGUCCUGAAAUAACUGAUAUUCUCUCUAAAUAGAAUUAGAAAUUCUUUUGUUUCAUUGGAAAACUGUCAGUACUGUUAAUGUUAUGAGAAUCACCAAAGGAAACCAUCUUAGUUUUGUUAUCUUCACUGUAAUAGGCAAACUGAAAGUUUUCAGUUAACCCUCUCGAUACCAACCCGGCUGAAACCGGCUCUGACUCUGAGUACAAAUGUCUUGUUUUCAUAAGUUUUGAAUUAAAAUCUUCCACCAAACCUUAA